GUGAUCGCCGCUCGCGCGGAUGUCGUGGCAAAGAGUCACGACUCGAAUGCUGCUCUAUAUACUAGAGAUUCUCUAGCCAAGGCCGUCUACGAUCGUCUGUUUAGCUGGAUUGUGCAGAAAAUCAACAGAUCAAUCCGCGUCGAAAAGAAGUCUAUGUACGAAAGUGGUACCGUAAUCGGCGUUCUGGACAUCUAUGGAUUUGAGAUUUUUGGCACGAACAGUUUCGAGCAGCUUUGUAUUAAUUAUUGUAACGAGAAACUGCAGCAGUUAUUUAUCGAGUUGGUCUUAAAACAGGAACAGGAAGAGUACGAACGAGAAGGAAUUCAGUGGUCCAAGAUUGAUUACUUCAACAAUAAGAUCAUUUGUGACCUAGUGGAGGAACCAAAACAUGGAAUUCUAGCGGUACUAGAUGAUGCUUGCGCUAAUGUUGGAAAAGUCACUGAUCAGAUCUACCUGGAAGAGCUGAACAAAAAAUUAGGCUCACACAGGCACUUUACCAGCCGAGGUCUUAAACAAACCGAUAAAUCCAUGAAAUACGAUGAAUUCAAGAUCACGCACUAUGCCGGAGAUGUCACGUACUCAGUGAACGGUUUCAUGGAUAAGAACAAAGACACAUUGUUCCAGGAUCUAAAGCGGUUGAUGUACAAUAGGUAA